GUUUUCCUGCCCUUUUACUGUCGGAGAUGAAAAGCCAACGGUUAAGACCGCUCCGUAUCCAUUAGUAACCAGUAUCCAUUAGUAACCAGUAUCCAUUAGUAACCAGGGAAGCGUUAGUCACACCUUUGGCCGACAUUUUAAUUUAGCAGCCGCUUUAGAGGUGUUUGUUUACCUUUCGCAGCUGAGUGCGCAUUGCGAGUCAUAGGCCAUCUCUAUAGGUCUACUUUAUUGAAGUGUCGAUACUCUGUAAAACUUCAAAGUGUGUCACGUUUUAAAGGGCGUGACUUUUGAAAAGAGCCUUUUACAUUUUGGUUGAGGACAUGAUUCGCUCUUCAGUGGGUCAUUAUCUCUCUCUCUCUCUUCCCCUCGUCAAAACUGACCCGUGUCAAAGACACACCGCAACAAACCACGAUGCUGAUUUUACUCCAGCUGAUAAAUGUAUUGUUGUUGACCAGCAUUGGCUCCACCGAUGCAGAGAAACUCUUCCACAGUCGGGAUCAUUCCGACCUACAGAUCCCCUCCUCUCACCAGGCUGAGCUCAUAACAGACCAGGAUACUGCAGAGCUAUUUCUCUCAAGGUACGGCUUCAUAAGACCGGUGAACUGGGAGGAGCUCCAGUUUGACCAAUCAACAGGCAUUUCUAACGAUGAAGACUUUCCCGAGGAGGAAGACCUAUCUGGGAUACAGGAGGGAGACUCAUCGAUGUCACGUGCAGAGACUGAUGAUGAUGAUGAUGAUGACGAAGACUCUCCAAAUCCCACUGAAAGCCAAGCCUUCAUCUCAGCUCUCAGAGACUUCCAGAUGGUGUCCGGCCUGUCUGUCACAGGGCUGUUUGACGACGCCACCAAGGCUGCCAUGAACAAGCCACGGUGUGGGGUCCCGGAUAAGGAGACGGAUGAUGCUACUGAGGAAGUACACGACUCCACCAGCUCAGCACUUGGUAUCAACACCGUCACCUGGCUAACUAAGAACACGGACACCUCAGAAUACACUAACAAAACAUUCAGUGGUGUUUUAAAUGGCUCUGCGACUGAUUACCCAGCGGACAAUAACAUAUUCACUGACCUUUCUAAUGGCACUGAUGGAAAAUAUACAGAGGUUGACAAUUCAUUCAGUGACAUUUUUAAUAGCACUGUUAGUACCUACAAAGGUGAUAUAUCUGCCAGGAGCACAACAGAAUACUACGACCCAGUCGGUGAUACUCUCAAUGAUUCUGCUAUAAACAACACAGAGAAUAGCAGCAAAACACACAGUCACACAGUGAACGAUCCUACCACUGCUAAUGACAGACCUCAUCAGAGCCCUCCUCCUCCCACUGCUACUGACAGACCUCAUCAGAGCCCUCCUCCUACCACUGCUACUGACAGACCUCAUCAGAGCCCUCGUCCUACCACUGCUACUGACAGACCUCAUCAGCAUCAGAGCCCUCCUCCUACCACUGCUACUGACAGACCUCAUCAUCGUCAGAGCCCUCCUCCUACCACUGCUACUGACAGACCUCAUCAGAGCCCUCGUCCUACCACUGCUACUGACAGACCUCAUCAGCAUCAGAGCCCUCCUCCUACCACUGCUACUGACAGACCUCAUCAGAGCCCUCCUCCUACCACUGCUACUGACAGACCUCAUCAGAGCCCUCCUCCUACCACUGCUACUGACAGACCUCAUCAGAGCCCUCCUCCUCCCACUGCUACUGACAGACCUCAUCAGAGCCCUCGUCCUACCACUGCUACUGACAGACCUCAUCAGCAUCAGAGCCCUCCUCCUACCACUGCUACUGACAGACCUCAUCAGAGCCCUCCUCCUACCACUGCUACUGACAGACCUCAUCAGAGCCCUCUUCCUCCCACUGCUACUGACAGACCUCAUCAGAGCCCUCCUCCUCCCACUGCUACUGACAGACCUCAUCAGAGCCCUCCUCCUACCACUGCUACUGACAGACCUCAUCAGAGCCCUCCUCCUACCACUGCUACUGACAGACCUCAUCAGAGCCCUCCUCCUACCACUGCUACUGACAGACCUCAUCAGAGCCCUCCUCCUACCACUGCUACUGACAGACCUCAUCAGAGCCCUCUUCCUCCCACUGCUACUGACAGACCUCAUCAGAGCCCUCCUCCUCCCACUGCUACUGACAGACCUCAUCAGAGCCCUCCUCCUACCACUGCUACUGACAGACCUCAUCAGAGCCCUCCUCCUUCCACUGCUACUGACAGACCUCAUCAACGUCAGAGCCCUCCUCCUACCACUGGUACUGACAGACCUCAUCAGAGCCCUCCUCCUACCACUGCUACUGACAGACCUCAUCAGAGCCCUCCUCCUACCACUGCUACUGACAGACCUCAUUGGAGCCGCACUCCUACCACUGCUACUGACAGACCUCAUCAGAGGCCUCCUCCUACCACUGCUACUGAAAGACCUCAUCAGAGGCCUCCUCCUUCCACUGCUACUGACAGACCUCAUCAGAGCCCUCCUCCUACCACUGGUACUGACAGACCUCAUCUGAGCCCUCCUCCUACCACUGCUACUGACAGACCUCAUCAGAGCCCUCCUCCUACCACUGGUACUGACAGACCUCAUCAGAGCCCUCCUCCUACCACUGGAACUGACAGACCUCAUCAGAGCCAUCAUCCUACCACUGGUACUGACAGACCUCAUCAGAGCCCUCCUCCUACCACUGCUACUGACAGACAUCAGAACCGCGUGGCCUCACUGCUGUCCAAGCGGAGACAGAAGAGACAUGUUGGGAGACGUGCAUGGGGAAACAUGGCAUUCUCCAAAAUGGUGCUGAAGUGGAGGCUGAUAGGAGAGGGCUACAGCAGUCAGCUGACCAUACAGGACCAGAGACACAUCAUCAGCCUGGCCUUCAGGAUGUGGAGCGAAAUAUCUCCCCUGGAGUUUAUAGAGGACACAUCCUCUCCCUGGCGGAUGAGACACUUGGGAUGCAACCAGAAGUUUGAUGGUACUGGACGAGAGUUUGCUCACGCCUGGUUCCUGGGAGACAUUCACUUCGAUGACGAUGAACAUUUUACUGCACCAAACACUGGCAGUGGGAUCAGCCUGCUCAAAGGGGCUGUAAGGUUCAACAGUCUGGUCUGUUUCCCUCUAGGGGGCUGUAAGGGUCAGUUCAACACAGUGUUUGACUGGAUCAGGAAGGAGAGAACCCAGUACGGUGAGGUGGUGAUUCGUUUCAACACCUACUUCAUGAGGGACGGCUGGUACUGGCUCUAUGAGAACAGGACCAACCGGACCCGCUAUGGUGACCCGGUGGCUCUUCAGGUGGGCUGGCACGGCAUACCCACCGACGGGGUAGACGCAUGUGUUCACGUGUGGAACAGGAACACUGAUGCUGUCUACUUCUUUAAAGGCACCCAGUACUGGAGGUAUGAUGAUGACAAUGACCAGGUGUUUACAGUGGACCCUGAGGGACACCUCUCUAGACUCAUCUCUGAGGGGUUCCCAGGGGUGCCCAGUCCUAUAGACACAGCCUUCUAUGACAGGAGGGACUACUCUACUUCUUCAAGGGUGUAUGUGUUUGACGUGACAGCCAACCGCGUGUCCCCAGGCUUCCCCAGGAAGAUCACCGCUGUGUUCCCAGCAGUAGUGUCUGGGGAUCACCCGGACGGAUACGCAGUUCUGGAGGGUGGUGGGGGAGCAGAGACCGCUGGAGGAAACCGGCGCUGCCACGCAACGGCCCGCUGCCACGCAAGUGGCCUGCUGCCACGCAACGGCCCGCUGCCACGCAACGGCCUGCUGCCACACAGGAAGGUGGAGGAACAGUGGUUUGACAUUUGUAACGUUCACCCCUCGACCCUGAAAUGGCCCGUCGAUGAGAGGGGGGCUAUGAGGAUUCUGUGUAACGUUCAUCCCUCGGCCCUGAAAGUGGCCCGUCGAUGA